UCUACACUACACAAUCACUCCUCUCCCACUACUUCCAAUGCCCACCAAAUCUUGAGGCUCGAAUGGCCGCUCUUCAACUUUCCCUCCAAAAUUUCCUCUCAACCCCAACAGCCGGUUUCGGUUUCCGGCCAUGGAAGUCCGGCGGACUAACAGUAGCCGGCCUCCCACCACGUCUACUCAAAAGCAGGACUGUAGAUUUUAAACCCGACGCCCGAAAUUCUAAGUGGGCUGUUCGAUUAAGCUUGGUGGAUCAAAGCCCCCCCAAAUCGGCGGUUGAUGUAGACCGAUUGGUAGAUUUCCUGUACGAAGAUCUUCGUCAUCUCUUUGAUGAACAGGGGAUUGAUCGGACGGCGUACGACGAGCAUGUGAGAUUUCGGGACCCCAUUACCAAGCACGAUACCAUUAGCGGGUAUUCGUUUAAUAUUUCCCUAUUGCGAGAGCUCUUCAGGCCUGAGUUCUUCUUGCACUGGGUUAAACAGACAGGACCUUAUGAGAUUACCACAAGAUGGACUAUGGUAAUGAAGUUUGUCCUUCUGCCAUGGAAACCAGAAUUUAUUUUUACGGGAAAUUCCAUCAUGGGUAUUAAUCCAGAGACGGGCAAGUUCUGUAGCCAUGUGGAUCUCUGGGAUUCAAUACAAAAUAAUGACUACUUUUCUCUAGAAGGCCUGUUGGAUGUAUUUAAACAGCUCCGGUUUUAUAAGACACCAGAAUUGGAAUCACCCAAAUAUGAGAUAUUGAAAAGGACUGCAAACUAUGAGGUAAGGAAAUAUACACCAUUUGUAGUGGUAGAAACAAGUGGAGACAAGCUCUCUGGGUCUGCUGGAUUCAAUACGGUUGCUGGGUACAUAUUUGGGAAGAACUCUGCAAAGGAGAAGAUACCCAUGACCACCCCUGUGUUCACCCAGACAUUUGACUCUGAAUCACCCAAAGUAUCCAUCCAAAUAGUUCUUCCUUCAGACAAAGAUAUUAACAGUUUGCCAGAUCCUGAACAAGACACAAUAGGCUUGAGAAAGGUGGAAGGAGGUAUUGCUGCAGUGCUGAAGUUCAGUGGAAAACCUACUGAAGAUAUGGUGCAAGAGAAGGCAAAAGAAUUGCGGUCUUGUCUUAUAAAGGAUGGCCUCAAACCCAGUAAGGGCUGUUUGCUUGCUCGGUACAAUGACCCUGGCCGGACGUGGAGCUUUAUAAUGAGAAAUGAGGUGCUAAUAUGGCUUGAAGAAUUCUCAUUUUAGUAGAACAAGUCAAACAGAGCUUCGAUAUUUUGUAUAUUAAUUUGAUUAAACUGUCUCUGUAAUUGAUCAGAGACAGAAAGCAGCUUCAUAUUAGUUGCCUUAUUUGUCUUCAUGAUUUGUCCUCCUGUAGUUAUGGGUCUGCAAAAAACUCUGUCUUUGAUACGGCACUUCAAAAUUUUUUGUUCAUCAUUUU